GGAAAGUUGAGGACGACGCGGCAGAUGGAUGAUGACUCGUUCGGUGACUUGGACGUUGCACAGUUGCCAAUCCGGCAUCCCAGCGCUGUGGCACCCCGCCUUUUCCCCAAGCCCACCCACUGAAGAAAGGGUCCCCCUUGCUCGAGCGGGCUGAGCCGAUUGGCCGGCCAGCCUGAAACAGACACGCUGACGUUACCUGCUCGUUGCUUGUUCGAGAGCUUCUGGAACUUGCACAGCAUCAAACCUGCCUUCAACGAGGUCUCUCUCGGGGAUAGCUAUAUUCAAACUAGGUGCCAUUCGCGCGACGCCGGCCCUUGAUAGCUUUUUAAUAAUUGAAUAAUGCGGCAAUAGGACCCCAUCUUUACAUAUUUUCUUUCGUCUCCCAAGGGAACCAACCAAACCGCCAAUAUGUCCGACAACAUCACCCCCCUCGCAUCUCUAUCCCUCACCCACGUGUACUACAACCCCAACGACCCCCUCUCCCACCUCUGCGCCUUCCUCGCCCUCGUCCCCCAAGCCCUCUGCGUCGUCUACGCCACCCUCCUCUGGUCCACCCGCGAAGCCGAAGUCCUCCUAAUGUUCCUCGGCCAACUAACCUGCGAACUCAUCAACUUCGUCCUCAAACGCCUCAUCAAAGAAGAACGCCCAAAACACGUCAUCAGCACCGGUGGAAAGGGGUACGGCAUGCCAUCAUCACACGCGCAAUUCGCCGUCUUUUGGGCGGUAGCACUGGGGUUAUUUCUCAUGGUCAGGCACAGGCCGCCAAGGUCCCACAUCAAAAAGGGGCAGAUGCAGAAGGAAAAGGCAGAAGGGAAAGAAGGGCCGGCGCUGGUUGACGUGCCGAGACGGUACAAGGAGGGUGGGUUGCGGGCUGUGAAUGCGCAUUUGGAGGCGUAUUCCCACACGCCGUGGUCGUGGGCGCAGAGGGCGGUGGUGAGCUUGGCUGCGGGGGUUGUGGCGGUUUUGGUGGCCUGGAGUCGGAUUUAUCUUGGGUAUCAUACGCCUAAGCAGGUGCUGGCUGGGUCGGCGGCUGGGGCUGUGAGUGCGGUGGCUUGGUUUGCUGUUACUUAUAUGGUGAGGGAGACGGGGUUGUUGGCGUGGGGGUUGGAGUUUCCUGUUGCCAGGUGGCUGAGGAUACGAGACUUGGUGGUGGAGGAGGACUUGUGUCAGGCUGGGUGGGAGAAGUGGGAAGAGCGGAGGAUAUUGGCUCUGAGUAAGUUGAAGGAAAAGAACAAGUAAAAAGGGGGGCA